CUCAGACCGCCACCACAGCUUCCUCUUCCGAGCACGUCCACCCGCCACACCGUGACGAACCACCGCCUCUCGUCUGCAGACACCUCUGGCCACAUAUAAGCGACAGGUCUCACAGCUUGUCCCAGACCACUAUCUGCUCGGUCGCGAGACCUCGCCACACAACCCUCAUGUAUUCCGACGCCUUGCCUGCCUCCGGUAGUCGCAACAUUGCGGCAAACGCGUUUCGCAGCGCAGGCAUCCUAGACCGAGAUGAGCGCAUGCGCGAUGUCUCAGACAAACCAGGAGGCCGCAAAGGGGCUCAGAAGAGCUCACACAAAUCACGAACAUCUCACCGGCCACGCGCGAUUGACGCGCUCACUGGCAAGGACCAAGCCGCCACUUCGUCUCGAGCAGCAAUGCUUGCGUCUCGGCUAGCUGCGGGCGAUUCUUUGGCAAUACGCGGUGCGGCGAAGGGACCACUGGGCCGGGUUCGCAGGAAUGCAGUUUCAACGGGCGCCACCGCCGAAAGCUCGGGCAUCGUGGAGAAGUGGAAGGAGUUCGUGAAGAGAAGAUGGAAUGCGGAGGCGAAGUUUCUUAACCUGGAGCGCGUGGCGGAGGAUGUGUACGUUCAGCGGAAUCGCAUGUGGGUGCACGGGAGCGCAGAGAAAGAGUUGUCCGUUGUGUUCAAAUUGGCAUCUGUUCUCUUCCCUGAGGUGCAAACCAUCUCGUUGGCAUACAACAAUCUCGUGAGCGGCAAAGUGCUCAUGCGCCUGCCGCAUUAUCUGCCAAACUUGGUCAACCUCUCAUUGCAAGGCAACAAGCUAGGAGUAUGGAAGGACUUGGACUACAUUUCCUCGAGGAAGGCCCGACUACCACAACUGCGGGAGCUGAUCCUCUUGGACAAUCCGCUUCGCAAUGCGCAGUACGAGAAGGACAACGGGGAACGGUACAAGAGCGAGGUCGCGCGUCGUCUCCCUUCGCUCGAAAUGCUGGACAUGGAACCUAUCCCCAAGAUUGCCUUCGAUGUACCCCACGCUCCAACAUCGCACGGCGCACCUGCUGGUCCGGCACCUACCACCUUCCCCGUCGAAAUGGGGGAACCGUUUAUAACUGGGGUGGACGGGGCACUUCUGAGCAGUUUCCUCAUGCGCUUCUUCCCUCUAUUCGACAACCAGCGUACAGCAUUAAUGGAUGCCUACCAUCCUAACGCCACAUUCUCCUUCUCUGCCAACACAAGCGUCCCUGUUCGUGCGCGAAUAGAAGGAUAUCGAUACUCGAAAGAGAUGCCCAAUCAGCGUAAACAAGAAUGGGGGCCAUGGGGCAUCGGGAAAGGCGCAUCCCGCAAUCUGAAUCGGUUGGCAGGAGGGUCGGCGGACAGACUAGUGAAAUCGCUGCACGUUGGAAAUGAGGAGAUUGUUAAAGCCAUGGCCCAGCUUCCCACGACGAAGCACGAUGUGGCGGGUUCGCCGGAGAAGUUCUGCAUCGACGCUUGGCCGGUACAGCAAGGUGAUUCUCCGCAGUUGUUUGUGACGAUACACGGUCAAUUCGAAGAAGAACCAUCUCGCUGUGUCAUGUCUUUCGACCGCUCAUUCAUUUUGGCUCCUGCUCCCGAGGGAUCACGGGCCAAGCAAAGUGGCUGGGACGUACAAAUUCUCUCGGAUAUGUGGGUAAUCCGGCAAUAUUCAAGUCAUGAAGCCUGGCGGCCGGGACCGAUGCGUGUUCAAGCGGGUGAUCCCCUACGCCCCGCACCGGCGGGAGCGCCGACGAGCCUGCAAUCCCCACCUUCGCUGCAGGAGAUGCUGGCGACGAUGCCGGAACCACAGCGGUCUCUUGUGAUGCAAAUAUGUCAGCGCACGGGGCUCAACUUCGAAUAUGCUGUGCAGUGCCUCGAGGGAAACGCAUGGGACGUCGAGCGUGCUGUCGCUAACUUUGAGCAGGUCAAGGGUACACUGUCUCGAGAAGCAUUCCUGUAACUCCUCGCACGAGCCUCGUGUGUACCAACACCGACUCUUCGGACCUAUCGCGCCGUCACCGAUCGUCGUCCGAUGCCGACCUGUCUUUCGUCGAUCGCUCCUCGCCAGUACAUGGACUUGUGAUCCUGGUCAUGGGGAAAUAUGUAUGGGAUGGUCGCGUUUAUCGUAUCAGCUAGUCUUUUCCAUCACAUCAUCACAUCAGCCCGAAUGUAUCCUACUGCAGUACAUCCUCCUCGUCUCGCCUGCACGCAUCUCUUGUCAUAGCAGCACAGUCAUCGUUCCCCCCCAUCUAUAUACAGGUGCAAUUAGGUUUGACUGUUGCAGCAUUACAGUGUCACCUCCA